AUGUUAACGACAUCUGCUUCCACUUUGGCACCUCGCGUGCGCCUGGCCCAGUCUCGCAUUCUCGGCUCGCGAACACUCGCUGCAGCCGGGACUGUCGCUGUCCUCACCCGGCACCGCCAGCUACAACAACAGACCCGUGGUUUUGGCUUCGGCUGGUGGGCCGACCACGUCGACCAUGAGCAGCGCCGCGAAAUGCGCCGCCGCUACAAGGCCUUGCACCACCGGUACUCGGAUGCCGUGAACCGCAAGAUGCUCUGGGAGCAGCAGCAUGCCAACAAUGCCGACGCACCGGCGCACCGGCGCUGUACCCAGCAUUACUGGCAACCCAAGCGGUACUUUGCAUUCAGCCGGUAUCGCUCCAACAAGGACAACUUUUUCAAGUCGUCGGAGACGAGCAGCAGUAACCGCACUUCGAAGAGCAAUGCCACUGGCGCAGAGCCCACCAUAGAAGACGUUGAGCGCAAUGCGUGGGGCCACUUCUUGUUCCGCGACGGCGAGCGCACACAUCCUUCCUGGUCAUCCUCGUUUGACGAUAUCCGAAGCUACAUUGCCAGACGCCAGGAAGACCUCCUCAAUGAGACGCCCUUUGGCACGCCGACGGCCAACGCGACGAAAACGACGUCGUCAGCAUCGUCGUCUGCAUCCGGUGUCUCUGCAUCCACAUCCUCGUCCUCCGGGACGCUUCAUCCCGACGCCGACUAUGUCAUCGACCCGAUUACGAACCGUAAAGUGUCCAAGUCCUCUGCCAAGUCCACACCGGACGAAGUUGUCUACGAUAUGGACCUGCCCCCAACACAAGCCGAGAUGCGCGCGUACAAGAAUGUGUCGGUGGACGACUCUGCCUUCCACAACCCCACAAUUGGCGCCGCCGUCGCUGAUUCUAUCAGCUUCAAGAGCCUUGGCGACGAGGAAGCACCCAAGUACGACGACUUGGACAAGUACAAGCCCAUUAAGCACAAUGAACCAGACGGCAAGCCAACCGAUGCGCCCGUCGAGAUUGGCCAUGAGGGUUACGACGAAGCGGAGGUCCAGCAGUACAAACCAUUCAAGUGGAACGAGCCGGAUGGCAAGCCUGUCGACAAGACGGUUGAACUAGGCCACGAGGGGUACGACCCCGAGGAGCUGGCCAAGUACAAGCCUUUUCUCUGGAACGAGCCAGACGGCCAACCGAACACCGAACCGGCCGAGCUAGGCCAUGCUGGCUACGAUCCUGCCGAGGUGCAACAGUACCAGGCAUUCCGGUGGAACGAGCCCCACGGUCAACCCAAGGAUCGGCCCGUCGAGCUGGGCCACACCGGCUACGACCAGGCUGAGGUUCAGCAGUACCAGCCAUUUGGAUACCAUGAGCCUCACGGCCGGCCUCCCGUCGCCAACGAGGAAAAGGGUCAUCACGGAUAUGAUGCCGCCGAGGUUCAGAGCUACAAGGCGUUCCGGUACAACGAGCCAGAUGGCAAGCCCCCUAUUACUACCGGCGAGCUUGGCCGUGAGGGUUACGACCGCGUUGAGGUGCAGACCUACCAAGCUGUCCGAUACAAUGAGCCCGACGGCAAGGCAUCGGAGACCGCCGAGGAUGUUACCGACUCAUCAGAACUGUCAUCGUACGGCGCGGUGCGAUACCAAGAGCCCGACGGAAAGCCAUCCGUUAGCGCUGACUCGACAGCCGACAGCCUGAAGGAGUACGACACGAAGUCGGCCAAUAAGGAGCCAUAUGACGAGGCGUACUCCACGGUUUUGCGGGAAUUGAGGGCGCUGUCUCCCCACGACGGAGACGCGGCCGCACCGAGCAACGGCUCCUACGGUUCCGAGUCCGAAUCCGGCGGGGCCGGCACUGCUUCUGCUUCUGGAAAGCAGGCCAAAAAUGACGGAGCUCGCCCUAGCCGAUCUGCCCUUGAAUCGUCGAUGGACCGGAUCAGUGCUGAGCACGAUGCCAUCGACACGCUGGCCAGCGUCUCCAUCAAGUCGCACAAGAGCCGCGCUCGGAAGCAGAUGACCGAUGCGGAACGCAAGCAAGCACAACUAGACCCGUACUGCACGAAGCCCCAAGGCCUCGAGACGGCCUAUGCCGAGGAGUGCGGUGGUGAGGGUACCGUGCCAAUCUUCGUCAAGACACACAAGCGUGUUGAUCGUGAUGCCCCUUCCCUGCCUGUGGCCGCGACGUCGACUCCCACGGAUCCGUUCGUAUACAAAAUUCUUGCCUACAACCCCGGUAUGAACACAAUCGACACUGCCGAGACAUCAUCGACCGUACCUGACGCAUCAUCGCCCAUGCCGGCUGCGGACGUGCUGCUGCGUCUUUCCAACCCUGCAAAGUUCUUCCCCCAUUUUGAGCCUCUCCGCGCCCAGGGCUUCGAGAUUGUUUCCGGUAGCGGUGACGUCCUCAUCUUCCGCAAGGUGCGCGAGCCCUCGGAUGGAGAAGGCAGCGCGCCGUCCAAGACGCCAACGCCCCAGAUCGCUCAGAAGACUACGCGGCGCGCUAUGCCUGCCACGACCGUCAAUCCUAUCGACAUGACCGGCAAGCAUGGCUAUGUGCCCCCGUCAACGGCAAAUUUUGUCUCGCCCACCGGCUAUGUCAACCUGGACCUCCCACAUCUGCACGAGGGGUCUGCUGCCUCAUCUGCCGAUUUGCCAUCGCCCCCUCCUGCCUCGGCGAAAGCUUCGUCCACAUCUUUCCAGUCCGGCAUUGGCGUCCGCCGUGAAGAGCCCGUGUUCAGCGGGCCAAAGGACAGCAGCAGCAAAGCCGGCACGACUGCCGGUCCUGGUGUGGCCAAGCGGAUGGUGGUCGGUGCCACAUGGGUUGCGGGUGUGUCGUAUGUCAUUGGUGUAGCGAGUGAAUACGUCAAGGGCCGUUGA